AUGUCGAUGGCCAAAACGACGACCGUCUUCGCCUGUUGCUCGUCCUUCCACCACCGCACAAACACCGUCAACGCGCCCGCCGCUCGCACCAUGGCCACCCCAGCGGCCAACGGAGUCGCGCUCGAUGCGCUCGAGAACCUCAAGCCGCCGCCCGGCGUCGUGCUGCCUCCCCACGACAUCCGAAACAUCCUCGAGAAGACGGCCGGCUACGUCGCGAGGAACGGUGCCGUCUUCGAGGGCCGCAUCCGCGACAAGGAGAGCCAGAACCCCAAGUUCAGCUUCCUCAACUCUUCGGAUGCCUACUUCCCCUUCUACCAGUGGCGCCUCAGCGAGAUCAACGCCGGCCGAGGCACCGACGUCGCCGCAGGCCGCGCCGGCGCCGCCCCUCAGGAGCCGGCCAAGCCGGCGGGACCGCCGGUGCCGCCCGAGUUCGAGUAUUCGGCCAAGAUGCCUCGCAUCAACCAGAAGGACCUGGAUUGCCUCAAGCUCACGGCCCUGUUCACCGCCAAGCACGGCCGCACGUGGAUGACGCAGCUGGCGCAGCGCGAGACGGGCAACGCGCAGUUCCAGUUCCUCAUCCCCAACCACACCUUUCACAAUUUUUUCCAGCACAUGGUGACGCAGUACUCGAAGAUCCUCAAGUACCACGAGGACCCGAGACAGAACGCCGAGCUUCUCGCCGAGGUGCAAGAGACGAUGCAGAACCCGCAGCGGAUCCUCGAGCGAGCGAGGCAGCGGGCCGAGUACGUCAAGUUCCAGGAGUCGGAGAAGCGAAAGCAGGCCGAGGAGGAGGAGGAGACGGCGGCCGAGUUUGCGCGCAUCGACUGGGGCGACUUCGUCAUUGUCGAAACCAUCACCUUCACCGAGGCGGACGAGUCGGCGAAUCUGCCACCGCCGACGAGCCUGUCGGAGCUCCAGUACGCGUCCCUCGAGGACCGCAAGAACGUGUCCAUCAGCGCCAACCUUCGCAUCGAAGAGGCCAUGCCCGGCGAGGACAUUCCCGUCCAGGGCAGCGGCGGGGCCGUCGUCGUCCCCCACUCGCUGCCCCACGCCGUCGGACCGAUGGCACCCCAAGCACCGCACGGUGCGUAUCAGCCGGCGCCGAGAUCUGCGCAGGAGGAGGAGGAGGCCCGACGAAUUCAAGAGAGGGCCGACGCGCAGGCGCGCAUGCAGCAGGCGCAGGCCGACGCUCGCGCCGGCGUCGCUCCCAUGAAGAUUCGAGAAAACUACGUGCCCCGCGCGGCGCAGCGUGCGGCCAACAAGCAGGGCACCCAGACGGCUCUCUGCCCAAACUGCGGCCAGCAGAUUCCCAUCAACGAGCUCGACGAGCACAUGCGCAUCGAGCUUCUGGAUCCUCGUUGGAAGGAGCAAAAGUCGCGAGCCGAGUCGCGUUACGCGCACUCGAAUAUUUCCCACGCCGACGUGGCCAACAACCUGAAGCGGCUGGCGAGCCAGCGAAGCGACGUGUUCGACCCCGUCACCGGCCAGGCCAUCUCCGAAGACGAGCUCGCGCGUCGCAAGAAAGCCGCCAUGAACAGCUUCGACGGCAACCCCGAGGGCAAGAGCCAGGCGCACAUGAGCCAGCUGCAGAACUUCAACGUCGAGGAGCAGAUACGGGCCAUUCACCAGAAGUUUUCGGGCGAAAAGAAGUGA